GACGGACGUCCCGCGCCGGGCGGGAGCGUGGGGUCGGGCCGGCAGGGAAGGGCGCCUAGGUGAGUGGGGAAGUUGUGCCAUGCUUGCCCCCGCGGUGAUGCGCGCCCUGCGCAAGAACAAGACCCUUCGGUACGGAGUUCCCAUGUUGUUGCUGAUUGUUGGAGGUUCUUUUGGUCUUCGUGAGUUUUCACAAAUCCGAUAUGAUGCUGUGAAGAUUAAAAUUGAUCCUGAAUUGGAAAAAAAACUGAAAAUGAAUAAAGUUUCUUUGGAGUCAGAGUAUGAGAAAAUAAAGGACUCUACUUUUGAUGAUUGGAAGAAUAUUCGAGGACCCAGGCCUUGGGAAGAUCCUGACCUCCUCCAAGGAAAAAAUCCGGAAAUUCUUAAGAAAACUUGAUUUUCCUGAUUUUUUUUUAAUGAGAAUGUUAUCAAUUGGAUUUCCCACUAUAUGUUAUUAAUCCAGUGGGAAAAAUCCCAAAUCUGCAGAAAACUGGAUAUGAAUAAUUUGAUAGUGGAUAAUUUUGAUAAAAGUCAUGUUCUAAUCUAUACUUCUCAGCUAUUUAAUUUGCAAAUGAAAUAACAGUAUUGUCUCUAUACAUUUUAUACUUUUCAGUAAAGCUGUGAAUACUACACUAAAAAA